AGCCAAGAAGUGGUUUCAAAGUAUUAUUAAAGAAUACAAAUUGAAUGAAGUACCUUAUAACAGUUUGAAGAAGAAGAAAAAAUUAGGACGUGGAGGUUCUGGAACAAUACAUUUAGCAAAAUCUAGCUCAUUAGAUCUUGUUGCUAUUAAAGAAGUAGAAUCAGAAACGGAUGAAAAGGCACAAAAACUUUUUAUUAAUGAGGUAUAUUAUUGA